UCUUCCCGCGCGGUCACUCGUGGAAUCACAAUUCACAACAAAAUCUGAGUGAAAAUUUGCUGAAUUUUUUAGCAAAAUAUCCAUCAAAAUGCCCAAAUAUUAUUGUGACUAUUGUGAUACGUAUUUAACCCAUGAUUCGCCAUCAGUAAGAAAGACUCACAACUCUGGACGCAAACAUAAAGACAAUGUGAAAUAUUAUUAUCAAAAAUGGAUGGAGGAACAGGCUCAGUCACUUAUUGAUCAAACAACAAAAGCAUUUGAACGCGGUGCAAAGAAAGGCCAAUUCGCAGCUAUGCCCCCUCCAGGAAUGCUACCUCCAGGUAUGAUACCACCUCCAGGGGCUAUCCCCCCACCUGGAGCAAUACCAUUUGGCAUGCCUCCACCUGGGGGAAUGCCACCUGGCAUGGGCCCACCUCCCGGAAUGGGACCUCCUGGGAUGCGACCAAAUAUGAGGCCGCCUAACAACAUGCGAGGUGGACCUAUGAACAAUGGAAUGCCUCCCCACGGCAUGGGCAACCGACCACCAUCUCGCGGAAUGCCCCCUCAUCAUGGAGGGAGCGGGCACAGACCAAUGGGACCCCGGGGUGGUGGACCUUUGAUGCGGGCAAGAUAGAACUGAACUUACGAGGCGUCUCUUGUAUGUUGAUAUUGGGUUAUCAUAGUGUUAGGAUACCACUGGGUGUUACUAAGGAUUGCCUUUCAACAGACAAUGAUCAAUCUUGUUCAAAUUUAGUAUUUAUGAGCGUUUUGCAUAUUGUGUAGAUAGAUUUUCUGAAAUCAGUAUUUUUACUAAGCUGCAAGAUGAGGUCCUUAGACCUUCCAACAAAACUUACCAUCAUUGUUAGUAUGCAAUGGCUGAUGAAACUCACAAAUGGACCUAAAUUGUUAUUGAAUUUCAUCCUAAAAACGUUAUUUUAACUUAAUUUUAUCAAUUGCUUUCGUGUUCUUUGAAAUUGCCUAAAAAAAGUUGAUUUCAUUGCAUACACUGUUGAAAACAAUUAUAUUUGGUAUUUCUGGUCACUCUAAUGUUGCAUCACCCAACAGUAGAGCAUCAAAACCUGUCUUUUAUCAAACCUGGGUCGUAACAUUGAGAGUCGUGUUUUUAAUUCGCUUUGUUAGACCACAUUUGAUUAGAAAGUAGAAACCAUUUGAAAAUACCUCCAUACUGCA